CAGCAUUACGUUUAUUGUCAACCGAAGUACAACGUGUUUUGUUUGGCUCUUUAAAUUGCAUUUGACAAAUUUCUUCAAAAGUUAUCGGAUGCAAUUUUAAAUUAUGCUUUUGUUCUGUCCGACUUGUGGAAAUAUUUUGAUGGUCGAACAGGAUACAACGGGACACCGGUUUUCUUGUAAUACAUGUCCGUACAUUUGUAAUAUCAAAAAGAAAAUUUCAACGAGAACAUUUCCCCGGUUAAAGGAAGUUGAUCAUGUUAUGGGUGGUGCAGCUGCAUGGGAAAACGUAGAUUCAACAGUUGCCGAAUGUCCUGCAUGUUCUCAUAAAAAAGCUUAUUUUAUGCAAAUGCAAACCCGCUCAGCCGAUGAGCCUAUGACAACAUUUUAUAAGUGUUGCAAUCAACUUUGUGGCCACAAUUGGAGGGACUAA